CCGCUAGCUCCUAUGUUUGACUUUUAAAAUUUUUUGUUGUGUGAGGAAAUGGCAACCUUCUUUGGAUCCCCACCAUUUCCGUCUCACCCAAUUUCAAGAACUAACCGCCUGUGUUCAUCUCCACAAGCCCCACCUCCUCAGCAACCAACCCAACCUUCGCAACCCCAACCUACACCUUCUCAAAAGCUGAGUGCAACUUCUGCAGAGCCACCAUCAGCAGCCACAGUGAAAGUGCAAGAGGAAAAGGCUAGUAAGCCUGCCAUUCCUGCAAAAGUAGAAUCAACUGAUUGGAUUGCAUCCACCUUAACCAGGAGAUUUGGCCUUGGUGCUGGGCUUGCAUGGGUUGGUUUCCUGGCUGUUGGAGUCAUUUCUGAACAAAUCAAGACUCGUUUAGAAGUUUCUCAAGAAGCAGCUGACACAAGGGAUGUUGAGAAGGAAGAGGAGGUAAUUCUGCCUAAUGGCAUAAGGUACUAUGAUUUGAGAGUUGGCGGCGGUGCAUCACCAAGACCUGGAGACCUAGUUGUGCUUGAUGUUGAAGCAAAGCUACAAGACAGUGAUGAAGUGUUGAUUGAUACCUUUGGUGGUGAUAAGAAGCCUCUAGCACUUGUCAUGGGAUCAAGGCCUUAUAGUAAAGGAAUCUGUGAUGGGGUGGAAAAUGUUUUGAGGACCAUGAAGGCAGGUGGCAAGAGGAGAGUAAUCAUACCUCCUAAUCUGUGUUUUGGAGAGGAAGGAGCAGAUCUAGGUUCAGGAGUGCAAAUUCCUCCAUCUGCUACCCUUGAGUAUAUCAUUGAGAUUGACAAAGUAUCAAUUGCACCAGCUUGAUUUUUCACUCCACUUCUUUCCAAUGCAAUCAUAAGCAAUCAUGAGCAACAUACAUUAUUUUCUCUAAGUAGGCGAAUAAAUUAUGAGCAGCAGCUACUAAAACAUACAUUUUCUCUAAGUUGGCAAAUAUUUGGAUAGACGGUCUAUGGUCCCAUUUUCUCUAAGUUUCGGGUUUGUCCUGGCACCAUGGCAAUCGCAUUUGUCUGUAAAUUGUAAUUGUUGCAAGUAAGGUUUACAAUUUUGUUGUCUUGUGCUCCUUGCUUCAGAAUUUUAUAUUUUGUAGAUUGGUUGGUGUAAAUUAACUAGGCGGCAAUCAAUGAUACUGCUACUCUGAAUGUUUGACUCUCUUCAA